CCUUUACACAAUCCCUAUUUACAAUAUUGAGUCCUCCCACUGUAUGCUGUCAGAUCCUUUAAGCUGUCGUUGGACAAAUCAAUCAGCAGCCUCAGAUCUCUGAAACUAUUAAGGCUGCACUGUUCAAACACUGCCUCUUCAGCAUUCAGUUGUUCACAAUGAAACCAAAGUUCAACACCUGGCUGCCUCUUCUGUCUUUAUUCUUUUCCACUUGUGCUACAUUUGAUGCUACCAGAGACAACUGCUGUAUCCUGGACGAACGAUUUGGCAGCUUUUGCCCCACUACAUGCGGUAUUGCAGAUUUUUUGAACAAAUAUCAACCUGAGGUGGAUCAAGAUCUCCAGGAACUUGAACGAAUCUUGCACGAUAUUUCCAACUCUUCAGAUGUUACAGAGCAUUUGAUUCGUCAGAUAAGACAAAUCCACAUCCCAGGCUCUUCAGCUCAGCCAAAUAUAGCUUCAGGUUAUACUCAGAAAUCCAAGGAAAUCAUUGAUGAAAUAAUCAGAUAUGAAAAUGUUAUUCUGGCCCAUGAAAAUACUAUCCAACAACUGACUGAUUUAAUGGUAGCAAACAAUAACAAGAUCCAACAAUUAAAGCAGAGGACGGCUCAGCUUGAGGCACAAUGUCAGCAGCCAUGCAAAGACACUGUCCAGAUACAGGAAUUAACUGGAAGAGAUUGUCAAGACAUAGCAAACAAAGGUGCCAGGCAAAGUGGUCUCUAUUUCAUCAAACCUCAAAGAGCCAAGGAGCAGUUCCUGGUCUAUUGUGAAAUGGAUACAUUGGGAAAUGGUUGGACAGUUCUACAGAGGAGACUUGAUGGUAGUGAAGAUUUCAGGAGAAGCUGGAUUCAAUACAAGGAAGGUUUUGGACACCUGUCACCAAAUGACCAGACAGAAUUCUGGUUGGGAAAUGAAAAGAUUCACUUGCUGACCACACAGUCAACAAUUCCAUAUGUCUUGCGAAUUACCCUGGAGGAUUGGAAUGGCCAGACAAGCCAUGCAGAUUAUGCCAACUUCAAAGUGGCCGGUGAAGCAGACAAGUAUCGCCUGAUCUAUACCCAUUUUAUUGGGGGUGAGGCUGGUGAUGCCUUUGACGGUUUUGAUUUUGGAGAUGAUCCAAGUGACAAAUUCUUUACCUCCCACAAUGGCAUGCAGUUCAGCACAUACGAUCGAGACAACGAUAAAUACAGUGGGAAUUGUGCUGAACAGGACGGAUCCGGGUGGUGGAUGAAUCAAUGUCAUGCUGCUCACCUCAAUGGCAAAUAUUAUCAAGGUGGCACCUAUACUGAGAAAGAUGCAGCUCCACAUGGCCACGAUAAUGGCAUUACUUGGGUAACCUGGCGUUCUCGAUGGUAUUCCAUGAAGGAAACAGAAAUGAAAGUCAUUCCAUUCAGCCGACUUGCAGUGGUAACAGGACAGCAAACUGGAGGAAUAAAAGAUAUUGGAAGCCGAGGAGACAUUUAAAAAGACAAUAAAAGAAGAAAAUCUACUGUAAAUUUUGUCAAAACUGUAUCCAUAUCUGAAUAGUGUUUGAUCAGUAUACUGGUCUCUUAUGGGAACCAUUCCCACAACUGCUUCACUUGCCUGACUCAUUUUUAAAAAUAAAUACAUGACUGUGGUUUUGCCCCAGAACAGCAUUUUAUUUCAUGUAGUCUAUUUUUUAAGUCAGGUAGUAUAGAUGUGCAUCACAGGUACCAUGACUUUACUGCCAUACCAUGUGCUGACAAACAAUAGAUUUGAUGGGCUUAAAAGAGGAAUAGACAAGUGCUUUUGAACCUUAGGGGGCAGAUGUUACCGAACUAAAACUCCCAGAAUUCCUGCCCAUUGGUGAUACUGUCUGGGAAUUCGGGGAGUUGUAGUCCAAGUACAUCUGGAGACCUAAGUUUAGAAACCAUCCAAUUAGACAAAUUCACAGGGUUGGAUUCAGGCUUGGACCAGCAGCUCCAGCAUUGUAGGAAUCAAUUCCUUGCACUCUGCCUGGAAACAGAUGGGGGUUUCUCAGACCUCCAUUGUGUAUUUUUUGAUGCACAGAGAUCUUCAGUGGGAGGAACAAGUUGCCCCCCCCCCAUAUCCACUGGAUUUCAUUGAUCUGGCAGCAGAUACUUAGCACUGGAUCCUGUCCUUUAAUUCCUAAUUUCUGUAGACCAAACAAGAGAGAAGGGAUGUUGCUUGUCCGUGGGUUUUCCAGAACUCUGAACUACUGUAGAUGGACUUUUGACCCAGUAGGACUGUUCUGUAUUUGUGUCCAGCAAAUCCCAAUUAACUCUUUCUUUUCUCAGGAGAAAAAUCCUGAUCAUUCCUUUUCUCUUUUAUUGUCCAUUGCAAAAAUUUAAAUUAACAUUGUUGACAAAUGUUAACCUGGACGAGUCACAAAAUAUAAAAUAGUGCUCUGAACCCAUAAACACUUCUGUAAUAAUACAUCUGGCAUUAAUUAAAUGUCCCAUUUGUUUUCUUCACCAACGGGGCAGAAGUCCUUCAGACAAGGGCACACAAUUGCACAAUCUCCAACUGGUAAAAUUGACAUAGUGAGAAAUAGUUGGAGAUGUACCAUGACACCCACUGUCAGCAACUGAGAGGGCAGCCAUUGAGGGAGAGCCCAUACAUUGAAGGUCCUAAUCCUGAACUAUUCUGGCUCGUGUCUGUCUAUAUGGAACAAUGAUAUGCAGUUUCUACAUGUGAGUUAAACUCAUUUUGCAGUGCUUAUGAGUAAAAUUAAAACAUUUUGGUUUA